CUCCGCCCGGCAGGUGUGAGGCCAGCAUUGAAGAUGCCACGUUCCUUCCUGGUGAAGAGCAAGAAGGCUCACACCUACCACCAGCCCCGCACGCCCGAGGAUGACCCGGUCUGGCCUGCUGCUGUUGCCCCUGUGGCCAGGGACCAGGCCCCCAGCGGCGGCCCCGCCCUCAGCACCCUGCUCCCCCGCCAGCACCUGGACUGGAGCAUCGUCAAGCUGGAGUCAGAGCUGAAGCUGGACCAGGGUUUGACCAAGAUGGCCUCGGCGCCAGAGAAGCCCACCGCGGCGUCCCAACCCCAGGAUGGGAACUCGCCCCAUGCAGAGUCACCCCCUUUCUACAAGCCUAGCUUCUCCUGGGAUACCCUGGCCUCCACCUAUGGCCACAGCUACCAGCAAACCCCCUCCACCAUGCAGUCAGCCUUCCUGGAGCACUCUGUCCAUCUGUACGGCAGCCCCCUGGUGCCCAGCACGGAGCCCCCCUUGGACUUCAGCCUCCGCUUCUCCCCGGGCAUGGACGCGUACCACUGUGUCAAGUGCAACAAGGUUUUCUCCACCCCACACGGGCUGGAAGUGCACGCGCGCCGCUCCCACAGCGGGACCCGGCCCUUUGCCUGUGACGUCUGCGGCAAAACCUUUGGCCACGCCGUGAGUCUGGAGCAGCACGCACACGUCCACUCCCAGGGCACCCCGGCCGGGUCCAGUCCUGCGCCCAGCCUCGAGCCCCCGCCGGCACCUGACCCCCCGGGGCCGCGUUUCCUCCGGCAGGAGCGCAGCUUCCAGUGCCGGAUGUGCGGCAAGGCCUUCAAGCGCUCGUCCACCCUGUCCACCCACCUGCUCAUCCACUCCGACACGCGGCCCUACCCCUGCCAGUUCUGCGGGAAGCGCUUCCACCAGAAGUCGGACAUGAAGAAGCACACCUACAUCCACACCGGUGAGAAGCCACACAAAUGCCAGGUGUGCGGGAAGGCCUUCAGCCAGAGCUCCAACCUCAUCACCCACAGCCGCAAGCACACGGGCUUCAAGCCCUUCAGCUGUGAGCUGUGCGCCAAGGGCUUCCAGCGCAAGGUGGACCUGCGGCGACACCGCGAGAGCCAGCACAGCCUCAAGUGAGGCGGGGC